AUGCUGCAGGAAAGAUGUUGGAGCCAAGGAUUUCAUUUAGCUUGUGUAAAAUGGAUAAAUAGCUGUCGGUAUAUUGAAAGAUUAUACGGUACUUAUCCAGUAAAAUCGGAAAAGACACCGUUGGUCAAGGAUUUAAUAAGUCAGAUUAAGGCUGAUGGCCCAAUUUCAAUUGCCAGUUACAUGAGACAAGUCUUAACAGGGCCUAUGGGAGGGUAUUAUAUGAGUUCAGACGUAUUUGGGUCUAAAGGAGACUUUACAACUUCACCUGAAGUAAAUCAAAUGUUUGGAGAGCUUAUUGGAAUAUGGUUAUAUUAUCAAUGGAUGCAAACUCGACCGAAAUCUCAUGCUCAAAUUAUUGAGUUAGGUCCGGGAAGAGGAACUCUUUCUGCUGAUAUAUUACGUACAAUUAAACAAUUUCGUAAUCUGCAAGAAGGAUUGUCUCUUCAUCUAGUAGAGAUAAGUCCAAAAUUAAGUAAGAUACAGGAAGAUACUAUUUGCAUGCACGAUACGAAAACGACUCAAUCAGUGAAAGAAUUAGAUGUGAAACCAGCAGGAUGUUAUAAAGCACUGAUGAGUAGCGAUGGUAUACCAAUUUAUUGGUACUAUCAUUUGAAAGACGUUCCUAAUAACGACUAUUCGCUGGUUGUGGCUAACGAAUUCUUUGAUGCCCUUCCUAUACAUCAAUUUCGUAAAGUUAAUGGUAAUUGGAAUGAGGUUAUGAUCGAUGUAGACGAAGGAGAUGGGAAGCAUCACCUAAAGUUUGUGUUAGCUCCUAAGCCAACGUUACAAACGAAAUUGUACACACAGGAUGUAAUGUUUGCUAAGAGUUCCAAAGUGAAAGAUAUCAUGGAAGUUAGUCCAGACUCAGCUACUAUUUAUAAGGAGAUUGCGGAUCGUCUGCGAGUGCACGGUGGAUGCGCCCUAAUUGUUGAUUAUGGUGAAUUCGGGACCGGUACCGACACGAUUAGAGCCUUUCGAAAGCAUAAACAAGUACACGUGCUUGAUGCCCCUGGUUCCGCAGACUUGACGGCAGAUGUCGAUUUUGCUUUCUUAAAGUACACUGUGGAAAAUACCGUUAAAUUUUACGGACCUAUCCCCCAAGGGCAAUUCCUGUUACAAAUGGGUAUUCAAGCUCGAUUAAAGAUGCUUAUCAAAGAGCUGGAAAAGAGUCAAAGAGAUGAUUUGCUAUCUGCAUAUUAUAUGUUAAUCAAUCCAAAUAAAAUGGGUCUAAGGUUCAAGGUUGCAUGCAUGGUAUAUCCAGGUUUGGGUGACCCUCCAGGCUUUGGCGCAAGUACAAGUAUAUGA